CUCUCUCUCUUUCUCUCAAUUCAGAGUUCAGACUGCAUUCACAAAUUCACGGCCCAUCUCUUUCUAAACUAAAGACAGUUUCUGAGAUCCCAAGAGAAUCAGCGAGAAUCGAAUCGAAAAUGAGGUGGACGAGCGGAGCUUGGAUCGUGGCCGCAAGCCUUGGAGCUGUAGAAGCACUGAAGGACCAAGGGUUAUGUAGAUGGAAUUACGCCUUCAGAUCGAUCCAUCAACACGCCAAGAACAAUCUUGGAUCUCUUUCUCAGGCCAAUAGACAACUACUCUCUCCCUCUUCUGCAGUAGCGAUGGCUCAGAAGGUGGUUUCGAGUGAUGAAAAGAUGAAGCAAUUUGAAGAAUCUCUCAGAAAAUUAAUGUUCUUGAGCUGUUGGGGUCCUAAUUGAUCUAGGAUCAAAAUUACUGCUAUUUUUCGUCUAUCCUGUAAAUAUUAAAUGGACUUGUUUGAAUGGCAAUGCUUGAUUUCUGGUUGACUGCAAA